UCAAAAACAAACGACCGAAGACAAAAGCUCCGCCGCAGAAUCUCAGAUCGGAUCUUUAGAGAGAGAGAGAGAGAGAGAAAGAGAGAGAGAUGGAGAGGGACGUGUCGAGCUGCAACACUUACAACUAUGGCGACGCUCUCUAUUGGGACGCUCGUUACGUGCAAGACGCGCUUUCCUUCGACUGGUACCAACGUUACUCUUCUCUUCGCCCUUUUGUCCGCAGCUUCGUCCCUACUUCUUCACGUGUCCUCAUGGUCGGCUGUGGCAACUCCCUGAUGUCAGAGGAUAUGGUGAAGGACGGGUACGAGGACAUUGUGAAUGUGGAUAUCUCCUCAGUGGCCAUUGAGAUGAUGCGAACCAAAUAUGCCUCUGUUCCUCAGCUCAAAUAUAUGCAUAUGGAUGUUAGAGAUAUGAGCUACUUUGCGGACGAUCUCUUUGAUACAGUCAUUGAUAAAGGAACACUUGAUUCGUUGAUGUGUGGCAAUGAUGCUCCUCUAAGUGCUACGAGAAUGUUGGGUGAAGUUAGCAGGCUGAUUAAACCUGGAGGGACCUACUUUUUGAUAACCUACGGUGAUCCCAAAGUGAGAAUGCCUCAUUUGACUCGUCCUGCUUACCACUGGAAGAUCUCCUUAUACAUUAUACCAAGACCAGGAUUUAAAAGGCCGGAAAGUUGCAUGUCGUCAGAAAAAUCUUGUAUGGAAGCUAUACCUCUGACAAGCGAGGGAUUGUUGCCACAUGAUUAUGUUCUGGAGGACCCUGAUUCCCAUUUUAUUUACAUAUGCAAGAAGAUGGACGAAGAAGAAGCUCAUUUACCCUCGUACCCAUUAAUGGAGGAUGUUUUGUAGUGAUGUCUGUGAGUGGACUAAAACAAUGCCAAAUUGUGCACACGUGUUUGUCUUUCUUGAUCCCCAUUUAGAUCAGCCGAUCUUUUGUUGUAUCCUGUAUGUGUCUUGUGAUCUAUCCCAAUUGAUAUAGGUCCGAGCAGGAAUUGCUCAAGCAACUCAUAAUUUCUUUUAUACGAAUAAACAUCUCUUCAUCUUUUUCAAA